AUGAGUCUGCCCGUCGUACCAGCCGGGCAGAACCCGUUCGCCGUCUACCGAGCCGCGAUAGAGGCUUCCACGAGGUCGACGCCGACCGAUGGCUUCGCCGUGCGACUGGUCGUCCUGUUCGUGCUAUGCGGACUACUUGCGGUUCUCUCGACCAUCUACUGGCUCCUUCUUUAUCGAGAUUGGAAGAGGACGGGACGAGGGAAUCCGACCUGGCUCUUCCGCAUCGUCGAGCGGCCUUCAGGGCGAUACAUUGUCACGAACCUCAAGCUCGCCCUCACUCUCUUUACCGUCGCUGCGAGCGCCCUGUUGCUCGCAUUCAUCGCCGAGACGUACCAGUUCUACGUACGCGGAGGCUUACGAUCCCACGUCGUUACUUUCAAGACCUGGUCCGGCGUGCCGUUAUUUGUCCAAGGCUGGUUGCUGAUCUGGUCGACACUGCAAGCCUCGAUCCUCGCGACCGAGUACACCCAGAAAACUGUGCUCACAGCUCGCCUCGCCAACUCGCUCUUCGUCGGUCUCGGCAUCUUCAUCUCAUGCGCCAUUUCCUGCGCUGCAGUCUAUACGAACGUGGUCGACGCCGCCCUGUGGGACCAGAUCGUCAAGGUGACGACGGCUUUGGGGCGCCUCGAGCUAAGCUGGACUCCCUCGAGCGACACCUUCGGUCCGCUACUCGAACUUGGACCAGAGUUUCGAAGACUCGCGGCCAAGUCGAACUACUUCCGACGGGUUCAGCUCGCCAUUCUCUGCAUCCUCCUAAUCGUACCGCUCAUUUUUCUCGGCGUCAACAUCGCUUCGCUCCGCCUGGCGGGCAUCAUCUCGACGCAUCUGAAGUUCAACGUCGAUCACCUUAAACAGAGGGCCGGCGCAGGUAUCUGCGCGGACGCUAGCUUGACCUUCGACUCGAAUCAGACGUCGGGUUGCGCAAGCCUAUUGGUUCCGAGGCAUCUUUCUCGGCGCCAGCUGGCCGAGCUAUCACACAAUGCCCAGAAUUCGGCGGACAAGCAACGAGUUCGGCAUAUUCAGCGGCUUCAGAAGGUGCAGAAGGAACUGCUGAUAACAUCCUGCCUCGCGCUCGUCAUGAUUCUCAGCAGCAUCGCGUUCUGCAUCUACUCGCUCCAUGCGCUUGCAACUGGGCAUGCACAGAAGCUCCGGUGGGCGACAAAUGAGGCAGAGCUUCUCUACUUGCCGUGGAUCUACUCCAUCACAGUCAAUGCGGUCCUCAUCUCCCUCCUCUACGUACGCUGGGAGGGUCGGUCACUCCACGUCGAGGAGCGCGACGCGAGCUGGCUCGACCACUCACCCGUCGACAGGCGGGCGCUGAGCGGAGGACCUGUGCUGUCUGCGGCAGAGAUGAGCAUGGAGGGACGACACCGCACAACCGUCAUCGAGCUGGAUGGAGGCGGACGUGAGGAGCGGACGGCGGCAGCAGACAAGAACACGGACGGCGCGGUGGACGAGGAGAAGGAGGUCGAGUCGUCGCAUCUCCGGCUCGCCUCGUCUUCAACGUCUUCUGCACGCUCGUAA